GUGUGGGAACGUUUUCAAUUCGCUCUCAGGAUUUCUUUUUCUCUUUUACAUGCGGCUCUUUUUCCUUCUCCCUUUUCUACAUUGUUCGCUACAUACAAAAUGCACUGGCUGUACAUACUCUAAUUACUCCUCCUCCUUCGACCAUUCUCACAAAACCACCAUGGCUUCAUCUACUGGUGGCUUCACCAGCGAGAAGGCCGCUUCCAAAGACGGCCAUAUUUCACCGAUAGAUCACGGAUCCUCCGUAGACGGCGACCAAUUCUACGAGGAUCCCAAGGCUGCUCAGCGCCUGCUCAGAAAAUGCGACUUGCGCCUCAUUCCCAUCCUCGGUAGCUUGUAUCUCGUGUCCUUUCUGGACCGCUCAAAUAUCGCCAAUGCGCGCCUUUUCCACCUGGAGACGUCGCUCAAUAUGCCGUCCAACGGCUUUAACAAUUGUCUCUGGAUUUUCUACCUGCCCUUUGUCGUUGUCGAGAUUCCUAGCAACCUGUUUAUGAGUCUCAACAAGAUUAAGCCGAACCACUGGCUCGCAGGCGCCAUGUUGAUUCUUGGUAUUGUAUCCAUGUGCCAGGGCCUCACAAGGAGCUAUGAGGGACUUCUAGUCUGUCGAUUUAUCAUGGGUAUCAUGGAGGCUGCGCUUCCGCCAGGCGCGGCUUUACUAAUUGGCCAAUAUUAUAAACGGAGCGAAUUCUACAUUCGCUUCUCCUAUUUCAUAUGCUUUGCUUUGCUAGGAAGCGCAUUCAGCGGCCUACUAGCAUACGCCAUAUAUAACCUAGACGGGCUUCACGGCUACGAAGCAUGGCGCUGGAUAUUUAUUCUCGAGGGCCUCUUCACCUUCGCCUUUGGUGUCGUAGCCUGGUUCAUCAUCCCGUCGUUUCCCCAAGACGCCAUUUUUUUAACUGCCGAAGAGCGCGCUAUGCUCCUCGCCCGUUUACGCCACGAUCGCGGUACCGAGAGGCUGGACUUUAAGGGUAUCAAUUGGAUCAGAGUGUUUUCCGACUGGAAAGUCUGGUCGUUUACGAUUAUUUAUUUUUGCGCCGACAUGGGCGCCGCCUCUAUUUCCUCCUUUACGCCCACAAUCUUGGCAGAACUGCACUGGACGGCGCAGCGCGCCCAAGUAAUGAGCAUCCCCAUCUGGAUGGUGGGCAUCGUUGUUACGCUGUCGACGUCGUACGCUUCGGGCAAGCUCUCACUACGCUGGCCAUUUGUGCUGGUCGGAGCCAUCUUUGCCCUGGUAGGCUUCUGCAUCCAGUAUGCGCAGAUCAAUCCUCCAGGAGUGCGCUAUUUUUCGCUCUACAUUAUUGCUUUUGGAUCCUUUAUGCAGUUUCCCAUCCUCAUCGGAUGGCUCAACAGCAAUCUGCGCGGCCGGCCGCAGCAGGCCAUUGCUAGCGCGGUCCAGCUUGGCGUAGGCAACUGCGCAAACUUUGUCGCAAGCAAUGUCUUUAUCAAGACACAGUCGCCACGAUACCCUGUCGGUUUCGCUACGGGGAUCGGCCUAGCGGCGCUAGGCGUGCUCUGCACAAUCCUGGUAACUGCAGCCCUGGCGUGGCAUAAUCGACAGUUUGAUACUAGGAGGAGCAGGACAAAGGACGACGACCAGGAGCAUUUUAGAUACGUGUUAUAACGAAAUGGCGAAAGAAAAAGCCAGCUUGACCGCCUCCCCAUAGAUGUACAUAGCCACGUCGUUCAUGAACCCCAAUCCAACUACGAAAUACUACCGAGAGACAAUCGGUCUUCCCCCAAAACCAACCACCCUUCGCUUAGAGUAGCAAUGCAUCCAGUGG